ACACCCUUCUUCAAAGGACUUCAUUUAUGCUUAAAUUUAUAUACUUGUGAAAUACCCUUUGGACCUUUCAGAGCUGCAUUGAGACAGCAUUAAAUAAAUACUGUAAUGUGCUAAAUAUACCAAAUCAGCUGAAGGUGAACAAAAAGCAAAAUAACAACUUACAAACGAGAAAUAAAGUUUAGAAUGUGCACUAUGAAAGCUAUUAUUAUUGAUCGCGCAACUGGGGAGUUAUCUGUGAAAGAUGUUGAGAAACCUGAAAUUAAACAACCAAGUGAAGUACUUGUAAAAGUGAAAUAUUCUGGCAUAUGUGGGUCAGAUUUAGGAUCCCUCAACAAAAAGACAGGAAAUGAGACAAAAUGCAUCCUCGGACAUGAAGUCUCUGGUAUUGUAGAAGAAAUUGGAGCUGCAGUCCAUGAUUUGAAAGUUGGUGACCCCGUAUGCGUUAGCAGCGUGAUGGGAUGUGGAUCAUGUGGUAGGUGCAGCCGUGGGAGGGAAAACCUAUGCGACAAUGAAGGAAUAUCCACAUUGUUGGGAUAUUUAGUGGAUGGUGGCAUGACUGCUUUCAUUGUGUCGAAACGAGCACGUUUGUUUCUCCUUCCAUCUGAAAUGCCACUUGAUAUUGCAGCCUUAAGUGAGCCAUUUGCAACAGCUUAUCACCCAUUAGAGAUGGUUGCAAAAAAUCUUGAUCCUGAGGUAUCCAAGGCAUUGGUGAUUGGUUGUGGCCCUACGGGAAUGGCAAUGGCAUUUCUUUUGCAUUACAAAGGUUUCAAAAGCAUAACAGUAGUCCAACGAUCCAAGCCGCGACGGGAUGCUUUGUUGAGCUUCGAUCUCGGAAUUGACGUCCUACACCCAGAUUCUCUUAUAAGCGAAUUUGAAACCAAAAAUGGCCGGAAUGAUGGAUUUGAUUUCAUUUUUGACACUUCUGGUACAGCAGAAGCAAUAAAUGCGUAUUUCCCUUUGGCACGUAAAGGAGGAGAUUACUGCAUAUUUGGACUCAUUGAUCCAAAAGUGUGUCUGGAUAAAGUAAACGCCUCUGACUUGAUGAUGAAUGAAAUAAAUAUUUUGGGCUCAAACUGCUUCACACCAACAGAUUUAACAAAAACUAUUGACAUUCUCAACAAAAUGCACCAAUUGUUGGAUUUAUCUAAAAUUGGUAUCAACCUUUACCCAAUAGAAAGAUAUGAAGAAGGAUUUACUGAUAUGCAAGAUAAGAAAGUGACAAAAGUCAUGUUUGAGUUCAAUGUCUAACCAAGAGAAUACUUUGGUGAUUUUAAACAAACUGCACAAAUUGCUAUUUAGCUUAAAAAAUAAGUAAAUGAAGUGUUCAUUAUAACAUAUUAAAUUAACAAGGCAUUGACAUGACAUUAAAUAAUGGGACUCACAAGACACACUUAGAUAUCCAAAAUGGCUGCCUUAACAUUUACCCUGAAUGCCUUAAUUAUACCAUUAACAUCCCUUUAAAUUUAAUUUUGGAACUUUCCAAUAUGUAAUAUUAUGAAAUGAACUAUAGAAUGAGUUUUCAUACACAUAUACAUGAAAUCAUUAUAAUAAUCAAUAGUAUGAAUAAAUUAAUAUUUUUCUUACCAGAAUCGAGAGUCUUGUCUGCCUUCUUAAGAUAAUCAAGGCUGAAUAUUUUGCGAAGAAUAUCAUGUGGAUAACACUGUAUAAGAGACAUGGAGAACGCAAAGUUAAUCACCAUGUUAACUGGAAGGUUGUCAUUGAGGUUCGCUUCAUUCACUAACUGAAAUGAAUAAUACAAAUGGUUUAACAUGCUCCACUUGCAAUGCUUAAUAUUUACUAAUAAAUAAGGCAUUAACAUGUAAAAUGUCACCACCUGCCAUUUGUUACAGAUGCCGACUGUCGAGUGGCAACCGCCAAACACUAAAAAAAGUUGGAGACAAUAACAAUCAAUUGAAUUCCAUGAUAAGACUCUUAUCUUUGGCUACAAGACACUAGCUAUACUUUAAUGAGUGGUUAAAUAACUUAUGGUAUAUUAUAUUUGUACUACUGUAUGUUCAAGAAUUAAAAUUGUAUCAUUUUUCGCAGAUAUUGUAAUAUUGAAAAAAUGAUGUAAACAAAGUUAUAAAAACAGAAAUAUAU